UAUGGGGGCGGAAUCGGUGGUUUCGAUCCAUUUGUGUGGGAGGCUAGAAGGUAGUGUAAGAUUAAAAGAAGUAUUGAAUAGUAAUUUAAAAUUUUAAGUGUAACUUGAAUAGUAAUUCGGUAUUUUAAUCAGAAUAGUGUACAAUUUGAAUUUCCUGCAAAUAUAGCGCGAAGACAUUUUGAAUUUUAAUACUGUAACCUCAAGAUCAAUCUAUUAUAAUGAAGUGCUAAACUUUUUUUAAGCAUUGUUGAUUACAUCUCAGACAGUGAUAUAAUAUUUGCAUUUAAACAUUCAUCCCUUUAAUAAAGCAUUAACUUAUUAUGACUGCGAAUUCAUUAAACUUUAUUAUGUCAAAAAAGCAUUUAUUUUUAAUUGUAUUUAUGCUGAGUCAAGUUAGUAGUCAACAAGAAGAAGAAAGUAUACAGGCAAUACAAUAUUCCAAAGAUAAUUUUUCAUCAGAAAUUAAGAAGAAAAAUCACUUUGUUAUGUUUUAUGCACCAUGGUGUGGCCAUUGUCAAAGACUUGAACCUACAUGGGAACAGUUAGCAGAAAUAUCAAACGAGGAAGAUAAUAAUAUAAGAAUUGCUAAAGUAGAUUGUACUACUGAUAGCUCUUUAUGUGCUGAGCACGAUGUUACUGGUUAUCCUACGCUAAAAUUUUUUAAAGUUGGAGAAACCAAAGGUACCAAGUUCAGAGGUACCAGGGAUUUACCAUCUCUAAUUUCUUUUCUUAAUGAUCAGUUAGGGACCACUCUUGGAAGCAGCGAUGUUGCACCAUCUCCUCCUGAAGCAGUCAAUGGUUUAAUGGAAUUAACAGAGGAUACUUUUGAUAAGCACGUAUCCACUGGUUACCACUUUGUAAAGUUUUAUGCACCUUGGUGUGGAUUUUGUAAAAAAUUAGCACCUACUUGGGAGGAAUUAGCUAAUAGCUUCCGUAACAAUAAUUAUGUUAGCAUUUCUAAAGUGGACUGUACUCAACAUCGUAGUGUUUGUGGACAAUUUGAUAUAACAGGGUAUCCAACGUUGCUUUGGAUAGAGGAUGGAAAGAAGGUGGACAAAUAUGCAGGACAACGAUCUCAUGAGGAGUUGAAAGCCUAUGUAUCAAAAAUGCUUGGAAAAGAGAGUGAUCAAGUUAUUGUUAAAUCUGAUAAUUCAGAUAGUGUACCUUAUACUGUAGUACUUAGCUUAACCGGGGAGAGUUUUAGACACGGUAUCGAAAACGGCAUUUCGUUCGUCAAAUUCUUUGCACCUUGGUGCGGGCACUGUAAACGUCUAGCACCAAUUUGGGAAGAUCUUGCGAAAAAGUUUCAGGAUAAUGAAGAAGUGAAAAUAAUAAAAGUAGACUGUACUCUUGAUGCAAGUAAAGAACUGUGCAAUGAACAAGAAGUAGAUGGUUUUCCAACUUUAUAUUUAUAUCGUGAUGGACUUAAAGUUGCUGAAUAUAAUGGUGCUCGUAACUUGGAUGAUCUUUACGAUUUCGUAGAAGGUUACUUGCAACCGCACGAUGAACUAUAAUUACGUACUUUCUUCGUAAAUAAUUUUAAAGCAAUAAGUAUAAUUUUAAGAUCUUUUUGAAUAUAAAUGUGUAACACUUAACUAAAUUAUACAUACAUGGAAUAUCAUAAAAAGGAACCCCAAAGUUAUCCAGGCCAUAUAUUUUUCAUUUUUGUAUAAAAUAUCAAAAGAAAAACACUAUAAAAUUAUUAUAUAUUUUUGCGUGAACCAAUCAUGUACUUCCAAAAUAUAUUUAUAAAACCAUUCA